UAGGAUCUGCUCCAGUAAUUCCGGAGGGAGGUACUGUCAUAGUAAUUCCGCCAUUGGUUCUGAACCCAACUACGACUAGCCUCCAUUCCCGAAUGGGAAGGGGGGGAUAGGAGAGCGUUGGUAUCUAUAUUCUUAUUUCGAUCUCCUUAUUUGUGCUGCUGCCGACAGUCCUUGGUAAUGGAGGGGCCACAAUGCCGAGAGUCGUCGCUCUGGCGCCUUGCGAUCUCGUCAACGCUGCUUGCACUCCUCGCAACUGUCGCGAGAGCUGCCAACGUGACCAUCACGCAUCUCCGUUUGGACACGACUCACGAUUCGCCCUACUCGCCGUGGGAGCCGUCGGUGUAUUUCCAGUGCGAGGGCGAGAUGAAACACUUCCUGCAGGGGGUGGUGCAGGCCAAUGUCACCUACAACUUCACCGGCCAGGAGGCGUUUCAGCCCCUGGUGGAGCUCGCCUCGUCACAGUGCAAGACAUGUGGCCUAUACGAGGCGGACACGUGGAAGGCAGACGACACGUUUGACAAGUUCCAGCUGUGCGCCGAUGACUUCAGGAGUGGCAAGGAGGGGCGGGUGGCUCGAUGGGUGGCUGGAGAGUUCAAGGUGGCGCUCUUGUGCCCGGAGUGCCUCGACAGACACGACCACACGCCAGUAGAAGCUCUCCUACAGGGCGACUCCUUCUACCCGCUGCUGCCUUUCCUCAUCUUCCUCGCAGCAGCAGCCACCAUCACCUGCGCAGCUGCCAUCCUCUCCUGCUGCAUAGAGCGCAGCAUCUGGCCCUUCAACCACACCAAGGGGCAGCAGCACACCGCACUGGAAAAGGAACAACUGGCCGAAGCCACUGCUUUCAUUGGGAGUAGCGAUGAGGAGGAGGAGGAGGGGGUGGGUGGGAGUGGGAGGAAGGCGCAAGGGGACUGUAUGCAUGGGAGGCCUUAUUCCGUUCCGCUGGAAGAGAGGGUGGAUGUUUGAGACGCUUACAAAGCAAGGUCCCGUUAUUGAGAGAUCCACUUGUGGUAGAUGAUGUGAACGUACUGCCUUAAGUUAUAGAUUCUAUGUAGCAAACAUUGCCACAUGUCAUAGUAACAUUUCUAUACACAUUGUGACAUGGAUA